GUUCGCCCGCCGAGACAGAGUUUCGCUCACCCGCCGGCAGCUAGUCAGUGGAUGCGGCGAGCGCGGCGAGCUGACUGCUGUUGUUGACACGCUCUUACACCGACAUGCCUGAUAUGCCAAGUGACAGCGGGGUGUUCGUGUGGUCGGGGGAGGCCGGCAGGACGCACCCGGCCGUGUCCCUGGGGGCGUUCGUCCUGGACCACCUCCGGCGGCACGCCAAGGAGGCCGACUUCCCCGCUCAGAUCGACGCGGCCACCGGCAACGAGAUGAGCUUCCCCACCAUCCUGGAGCUGUCCGUCCAGUCGGCCGAGAGCUGGAGGGCGUCGGGGCUCGGCGUCGGCAAGACCCUGGUCGUGUUCGCGCGCAAUAGCGAGAUGCUGUUCCCCGCAGUGCUGGGCGCCGUGUUCCAGGGAGUCACCCUGAGUGGCAUCAGCCCCACUGCCAGUGAAGGCGAGCUGCGUCACUGCCUGGCCUUGCUGCGCCCCGAUGCCAUCCUCUGCGACCCGCCCAACGUGAACCUGGCCCGGCGUGUGAUGGCCGAGGCCGGCGUCGUGGCCGAAGGCUGCCUGCUCCUGGUGCAGUCCGAGGAGGCCGCCGAGGGCGCGCGGACGCUUGGCGACGUGAUGCGACUCGUGGACGCGACGGCCGUAGACGUGGCUUCGUACCGCCCCGCCGACGUCGGUGACUUCCGCGAGCACGUGGCCGCCGUGUUCUUCUCGUCCGGUACGACGGGGAUGCCCAAGGGCGUCAUGCUCAGCAACUUCGGCAUGCUCAUGUCGACGCAGGACUGCGUCAUGGCGUUCCGCUGCGUCCGCGGGGAGCGCAUCCUGUGCACAUCGCUCAUGUCCUGGGUCACGGGCAUCGGCCUGCUCGUGGCCAGCUCGCUGGCGGGCUCCACCAGGGUGUGCGACACCUUCACCUCCCCGCCGGCGCUGCUCGCGUCCCUGCGCCGCUACGAGUGCAACUGCUGGUUCACGGCCCCGCCGCUGAUGAUGCUGGUCGCCGAGGCCGUGCGCGCCGAGGGUAAGGACUUGACGCGGCCGCCCUGCCCCAAGCUCCGCGCCGUGGUCGUGGGCGGCACGGCCCUGCCCGCCCCCAUGGAGGAGGCCCUGGCGCGCGUCAUGCACUGCGACAUCCACCAGACGUACGCCUCCACCGAGACCCUGGUCCUCUCCGCGGGCAGCAAGCCGCUGCGGGCCGGAUCGACCGGAAAGCUCGUGCCGGGAGUCCGAGUCCGGUUUGUGGACAUAGACACGGGCGUGGACAUCCGCACCCCUGGCGUCCCCGGUGAGCUGCGUAUCGACUCGCCCUCCACGAUGAAGGGCUACAAGGACAACGCGGAGGAGACGGCGCAGGCGUUUGACGAGCACGGCUACUUCUGCAGCGGCGACAUCGCCUACCUGGACGCGGACGGCUACCUGUACAUCGUGGGGCGCCUGAAGGAGCUGCUCAAGUACCAUGGCGACAAGGUGGCGCCCGCCGAGGUGGAGGCGGUCCUCCGGGAGCACCCCGGCGUGGCCGAGGCCUGCGUCGUGGGCCGCCCAGACCCGCUGGCCGGGGACGUCCCAUCGGCCGUCGUCGUGCGGCGUCCCGGCCACAACGUCACAGAGCAGGAGCUGCAGCAGCUCGUGGCGGAUCGCCUAUCGAAUACCAAGAGACUGCGAGGGGGUGUCGUUUUCAUCGAGCAGAUCCCGAAGACAUCAAAUGGAAAAGUUGCGAGGCGAAACGUGAUGCAAUAUCUGGAUGGCCAUCCCAUGCAAGAAUUGGAUUAAAACUGACACCAAUAAUUUAUUCAUCUCUUGACGUUUUCAUUUUAAGCCUUUCCUUUACGCCCUUUUCCAAAAUUAAACAUAUAUUUCACGA